GGCGCCACGGUCGCGUCGUACUCUUUCGCAUGAGCAUAUCUCUGUCUCGCUCUACUGGCUGCCAGACCAACCGGCGAAAUGCGCGCUGUCACCUGUUUGCUGUCACUGUGCUUGACGUACUUCGCCCACGCCCAGCGUAAUGCGGGCUGCUCGGUGGACGUGUGGCGCGUGAAGAGCCGACACGAGCCGGUGUUGGCGGUGGGUGGCGCAUUGGCGCUGCCGGAUCGCGAGACAGGACAGCUGCUGCUGCCCAGUGGUGGUGUCGUGCUAGCCGGCUGUCCCGGGGCCGGCAACAGCCUUAAGUUGGACAAAGGACUCCCCCACGUCAACGCCUCCUGCACGUCGACCGGCUCCCUACAGGCGCCCGGCGGCCGCGUUACGGCUGGUAACCUGUGGUGCGAGAACCGCCCAUUGGCCGAGGCCCACAAGACGGCGCGGCGGUGCGGUCCGUCGGGCAAGCUGCGCGUCUUCGAGCUGGGCUUCAACGUCUCCCGCCAAUGGCUGCCCGUCAUAGAGGCGUGCCACGACGCCGACAAGGCCAGCACCUUCUACUCGCACCACCAGCUGCUCGGGUCGCUGCUGCGGUUCCGGCGACAGCAGACGCAGCCGCGACCGACAUUCACCCAGGGCUGCGAGUCGGGAGAGCUGUUCCUGGGCGUGUCUCCUAGCAACGCGUACUCGCCGUCCGCCGUCCAGCAGACUCUAUCGACGACGCUGGGGUCGGAGGAGAAGGCGAGGCAACUGCUCGCCCAGACGACGCUGAGCCGCGGCCACCUCGCGCCCUCCGCAGACUUCAUCCUCAACACGCAGCAGCACGCCUCCUUCUUCUACGUGAACGCGGCGCCGCAGUGGCAGAUAUUCAACGAGGGCAACUGGCUGUCCGUCGAAUCGGUGUUGCGCAACCACGCACAGCAGCAGUUACUGGAUCUGGAGGUAUGGACAGGGACGCACGGCGUGCUGACUCUGAACGACACGGAGGGCCGUCAGAAGGAGCUGUACCUGGCGGAGGGCGAGCGCAUGGCGGUGCCGCUGUUCUUCUGGAAGCUGGUGCACGACCCGAAGUCGGGCACGGCGAUCGCCUUCGUGGGUGUCAACAACCCGUUCGCCGCGGGCACGACGGCAGAAUCGCAACUGUGUCCCGACGUUUGCGGCGACGCGGGGUGGGCGAGGCGCAAGUGGAACCGACCCAACAAGGGGCGCGUCACGUGCUGCUCUGCCCAGGAGCUGGCCGCCGCGGUGCCGGGGGCGCCACAGAUCCACGCUUCUGGGCUGCUGGCUGGGCCGCGCGCCUGACCUAGCCACAGUACUGGCACCUACCAUCACCUCUAGGCGAGACUGAUGUCCUCUGAUAGCCUUUUGGACGAAUUAUUUCCACCAAUAACGUCCCCCAUACCACUAUCCUGAUAUGGCCUCACUGAACAGCCGACACGCAGUGUGAAUAAUGUAUUACUAGAGCUGCAUUUUCACCAGUAUGAAACAGUUUCACCAUCUACUGCCGUCAGUAGUCUAAACCGAGUCUGACGUACUUCACAGUCGAUUCAAGAUACCCUUAUCUAACGUCAGUGUCCACAUCCACCCCAAUAUCAAAAUACUCCCUCGCUCCUGUGCUUGGUCCCGUGAUGACGUUAGCCGACCAAAGAGCUUCAGUUCUACAAAUCAUCUAUACGUUUUGAAUUAGUAAAGCUUGUGAGUACUCUCCAUCAAACCAAUGUGCAAUCAUCCACCACUCAGCACUACUUGGCUGCUCUGAGUGUUGUGUGCAAGACUCAGCGUCCAACAUGCCGUGUGAUCUAAAUAUUGCUGACACCUACUUCAUGCAACACUACCAUCAGCUCUACACCGACGUCUUCUAAUGAUCCCACGUAGGGACUCAUUCUAGCAACAAUAUAAUGUAACAUCUGUACAAUAUGAAACUGUUUCACAAGCUGCUAGUAUCUCUACGUCAAGUCUAAUCCCCAUAAUGGUCUCUUGGAGGAACUGCUCCACCGAUAGCAUCUGCCAUACCACCACCUUGAUGUGGACUUCUUGCACAACCAGUGCUUAUCGCGAAUGACAUCACAGCCUGUCAUUGUUAUGCACACUAAUGUGAAUUCUUCCAGAUCUAUUGAACUUAGAUCUACUCUGACAUUUAGGCUUAAUUUUUGAUUAAGUGUAAACCACCACGUGACACCUCCUUAAGUAUCAUCCUGUAAUAACUCACUGAAAUACAGUGUCACAUCCAUGAAAACAAGAAAUUACUACAGUAUGUAUUAUAUACAACACAUAUAACAAUCUUUGGGCUCAAAAAGAAAUGUAGUACUGGUCUCUCAGUGCAACACUGAAAUUUACAGACAUGCUGCAUGACUGCAGUAUGCAGAUCUACAUACAUAUAUGCUCAUUCAUUUGAAUUAUUCCAGUGACGAAGAAAAACACCGUGAUAUGCAUUUUGGUCUGCCUCUCGUUAAAAUGGUUUCAUUUGUUACUAUAUUCAUCGCUACCAUUACCAGUUUUUAACAUACUGUGACUGUGUAGUGACAUCCACACUAAUUAUUUGCAACAGUCCACUACUGUAGUGAACAUCAGAUCGUCUUCGGGUUGAACUCGAUAAGCAUUAUUAAUGUCUAUAAGGAGCCUCUUAUAUCUACAGCAUCUACUUUAAAGGGGAAAACUAUUUCAGUGAAUGUACAGCGAAUAAAAAAGUACACCGCCAUGAAGUUA